AUGACGCGAAAUAUCACCAAUCUCCUCUUCGUUUUGUGGGUUUUGUGCAUCGUCAAACAGUCGGAAUGCUACAAGAUCCUAGCAAUCAUAGCAACACCGUCUUACAGCCAUCAAAUCCCGUACCGAAGAUUAUGGCUGGAGCUACACAAUCGGGGCCACGAAAUUCUGCUAGUCACGGCGAAUCCUAUGCCGAACAUCAACUCGCCGAAUUUCACGCAGAUCGACGUCAGCCAGUCUUACAAAAUAUUUAGGACACUAAACUUCAUUGAAAUGAAGCUCAACGGUGAUUCAUGGUUGCAAAUUAUAGAAAAUUACGGGAUACCGAUCACCUUGGUUUGCGCGGAAAACGUGUUCAACAAUACGGAAUUUAAAAAAGUAUACGCUCCAGACAGCGACGCAAAGUUCGACAUCCUUCUGACGGAAUACCUCUACGUGCCCGCCAUCGUCGGUCUUGCACAUCGAUUCGACGUUCCCAUAAUAGGUACUUGUUUAAUAUAUAUUCAUGGUCAUUCGUACAGUGACGGAGAAAACUUCACAACGAAAAAAAAAACGUCGACAUUCGAAAGGUUAAGUUCGUUAGGGCUACCUGCAUGGAACGAACACAUCCUUGGCGGAUUGGUCCUCCCUUCUCACGAGAGCACGUGGGAAAUGGAAAACAAAACGGGCUCGAAUCUACCAUUCUUGAAGAGGUUAUGGAAUUUCGUGAGCUUCUGGCAUUUCUUGCACUUGUUGUACACCGAACUGUUGCUCGUUAAUCAGCAAUUGGCGGAGAAAUAUCUCGGGCCAUUGCCGCCGUUAACAGAUAUUAUGAAGAACACUAGUAUGCUAUUCAUUAAUCAGGCCAGC